ACGCCCCUCCCAUGAUCUGUCAGAUUCAAGAUGGCUGCUGGGGACUACAGUGGUAGGCCUCCCUCCUUACAUUUCUCCUGCCCAGGGCCUUUGGGAAAUGGCCAGCCCAGCAACAGUGGUUAUUUAAUGCCUACGUCUAACGGUGGGCCCACUGGUGCGACCGGAGGGGUUCAGGGGCCUGCAAGGCGCCCCAACCCGCAGUCGGGGCCUGGCGGAGGCGAAAGCGCCGGUGUUGCAGCUGGAACUCAACCGACUGUGCAGAACUCGAUUCAGCAAGCGUCAGCUCAAAGCGCUGCGGCAAGGGGGGCCUCCGGAGCAACGGCUGCGAGUGUACCAGGAACCCAUUCCUCACUGUCGUCAGCACCACCGGCCGCUGAUGUUUUGGUUUACCGGGAGCCCGUGUACAACUGGCAGGCGACGAAAAGCACCGUAAAGGAACGGUUUGCUUUCCUGUUCAAUAACGAGGUUCUGAGUGACGUUCAUUUUCUGGUGGGGAAAGGUAUGGGAGUGCAACGAAUACCCGCACACAGAUUCGUUCUCGCUGUGGGCAGCGCAGUCUUCGAUGCCAUGUUCAACGGGGGUAUGGCGACCACCUCAACGGAAAUCGAUUUGCCAGAUGUCGAACCUGCAGCCUUUCUGGCAUUACUGAAGUUCCUGUACUCUGAUGAGAUCCAAAUAGGGCCUGAGACGGUGAUGACCACUCUGUACACGGCUAAGAAGUAUGCAGUGCCAGCCUUGGAGGCCCACUGUGUGGAAUUCCUCAAGAAGAACCUGCGGGCAGACAAUGCCUUCAUGCUGCUCACUCAGGCUCGACUUUUCGAUGAGCCCCAGCUUGCCAGCUUGUGUCUAGAGAACAUCGACAAGAAUACCGGAGAUGCUCUAGCAGCUGAAGGUUUCACUGACAUAGAUCUGGAUACUUUAGUGGCUGUGUUGGAGCGGGACACUCUGGGGGUGAGGGAGGUGCGUUUAUUUGUUGCGGCGGUACGCUGGGCAGAGGCAGAGGCCCACCGGCAGCAGCUACAGCCCACCCCAGAGAACAAACGCAGGGUCCUGGCCAAGGCCCUCGCCCUCAUCCGCUUCCCACUCAUGACGAUCGAGGAGUUUGCCGCAGGACCGGCCCAGUCCAGUAUCCUGACAGACAGUGAGGUGGUGAGCCUGUUCCUUCACUUCACGGUGAACCCAAAGCCCCGCGUAGAGUUCAUCGACCGGCCUCGCUGCUGCCUGCGGGGGAAGGAGUGCAGCAUCACACGCUUCGGACAGGUGGAGAGCCGCUGGGGCUACAGUGGGACCAGUGACCGUAUACGGUUUUCAGUGAACAGGAGGAUCUUCGUGGUGGGCUUUGGCCUCUACGGCUCCAUACACGGCCCCACAGACUACCAAGUCAACAUCCAGAUCAUUCACACAGAUAGUAACACAGUGUUGGGUCAGAACGACACAGGCUUCAGCUGUGAUGGCUCAUCCAACACCUUCAGAGUCAUGUUCAAGGAGCCGGUGGAGAUCCUGCCCAACGUCAACUACACAGCCUGCGCCACACUCAAGGGUCCCGACUCUCACUAUGGGACCAAGGGAAUGCGUAAGGUGACUCACGAGUCGUCCUCCACUGGCACCAAGACCUGCUUCACCUUCUGCUACGCUGCGGGCAACAACAACGGCACCUCGGUAGAAGACGGACAGAUCCCCGAAGUCAUCUUCUACACCUAGUCCUCGGGGUCACUGGUCUGCUGAGAGACUCAGGCC